UCACUCACUGCCUCUCAGUCUCGACAGACACACACACCGGUGCUGAUCAUCAUGAAUGCUGUUAAUCGAUAAUAUUCGUCGUGCACGGCUCCUUCAUUUCGUGCAUUUCUUCUAAUGUUUACAGCCUAAUAUAUGAUGCUUCGGGGCGAGCAUUUAAAUCGCUGCACGGGCGUGGGCGCAGUGCACUUUCCUCAGUUAUUGUUGUUAUUAUGUUGUUGUUUACAGCUUUUUAUAAGAUGCACUGCACACAACGAGGACAUUCCCACGGAUGAGCGUUGGCAUGGAGACUCAUCUCACAUCCAUGACGACUCGGAACAUUAUAUCACUUUUCCUCAAUGGAUCAGCCCAGCCAGACACAAAAGAUCUCCCGUGGGCGCGAAGCAUCCAUCGGAGGCAGAGGUCAAGAUUACUGUAGGAGGAGAAGAUCUGAUUCUACAGCUCCAGAGAAACAAGGAGCUGUUCUCCUCAGAAUAUCAAGAAAUAUGGUACGAUACAAAUGGAAAUCGGCAGUUUUCCAGACCUUCCAUCAGGGAUCACUGCUAUUAUCAUGGGUCUGUCAAAGAGACCGAGGGGUCGAGUGUGGUCAUCAGCACCUGUGCUGGACUCAGGGGCUUGAUAACCAUCAAUAACAGCGUGAGCUACAUGAUCCAACCGCUAGCUAACCAAACACACUCUCAGGGACAUGCUGUGUUCAACGCUCGGAGGCUGAAGCUGCCGGCGGGCACCUGCGGGCAUCACCAUGGAGAUGGGCAUCACACUGAAAGCCUUCAGGAGCUGAUUGAUGUCAUGGCAAAGCCUCAACGGACCAAAAGGGAGAGAAGAGACGUCAGCAGUAGCAUGAAAUACGUGGAGCUGAUGGUGGUGGCUGACCACGCUGAGUUUGUGAAUCACAAUCGAGACCUUGAAAAGACUAAAGCAAAGCUUCUUGAAGCGGCUAACUUUGUGGAUAAGUAUUAUAAAUCACUGAACAUCCGUGUAGCUCUGAUCCGCUUGGAAAUCUGGAAUGAUCAAGACAAGAUCCAUGUGACGGACAACCCCUACAGCACCCUUGGUGCUUUCCUGUCCUGGAGGAGGAAACAGCUGCCACUGCUGCCCAAUGACAACGCUCAGCUAGUAACCGGUGUGUCGUUUCAUGGCACCAUCAUUGGUCUGGCACCUCUUAAAGCCAUGUGUUCUGAAUACCAGUCCGGUGGAGUCAAUUCGGACCACUCUAACAGUGCUGUGGGCAUCGCUGCCACUAUGGCUCAUGAGUUGGGGCAUAACUUUGGUAUGAGCCAUGAUAGUCCAGGUUGCUGUCGAGCUCUAGCAGAGGAUGGAGGCUGCAUUAUGGCUGCUGCCACAGGAGCUCCGUUCCCUAGUGUCUUUAACUCCUGCAAUCAGAAUGAGCUGAAGCGCUACCUGAGCUCCGGCGGGGGGAAGUGUUUGUUCAACCAUCCCAACACCAGGGUCAUGUACGGCGGGCAGCGAUGUGGAAACGGAUACCUGGAGGAAGGAGAAGAGUGUGAUUGUGGAGAGGUGGAGGAGUGCUCGAGUCCCUGCUGUAAUGCCCACAACUGCACAUUGAAGAGUGGAGCUGAGUGUGCGCAUGGAGUUUGCUGUCAUGAGUGCAAGCUGAAGAGUCCAGGAGUGAUGUGCCGUCCCCCCUCAGGCUCGUGUGAUUUGCCGGAGUACUGCGAUGGCAAAUCAGAGUCCUGUCCUGCCAACUUUUACCUGAUGGAUGGCAGCAGUUGCGCGAGUGGCAGCGCAUACUGUUACACUGGCAUGUGUCUGACGCUGGAACAACAGUGCCUCUCUCUUUGGGGCAAAGAUGCUCGUCCUGCUCCUGAUCUUUGCUUUACUGAUGUAAAUAAUGCAGGUGAUGCGUAUGGAAACUGCGGCCAAGACCUCAUGGGCACAUACAGGAAAUGCUCUGAAAGGAACGCUAAAUGUGGCAAGAUUCAGUGUCAGAGCUCUGCCAGCAAACCAUUAGAGUCCAACGCUGUGGCCAUUGACACCACCAUCCGCUCCGGUCAGCAGAAGAUUCUGUGCAGAGGGACACACGUGUGGCCGCACGGUCAUGCUAAAGAGAAUCAGAACGACACCCUGGAUCCAGGCCUGGUUCUGACCGGCACCAAAUGUGGAGAUAAUGCGAUCUGUUUUGAAGGAGAAUGCCGUGAUGCGUCCUUUUUGCAAUCCGAUGAAUGCAGUACUAAAUGUCAAGGCCAUGGGCUUUGCAAUAAUAACCACAACUGUCACUGUCACUCCGGUUGGGCUCCACCAUUUUGUGAGACAUCGGGUCCAGGAGGUAGUUUGGACAGCGGGCCUGUGAUCUCACAGAGCAGCUUGUAUCUUGUACUGGUUCUCCUCAGCCUGUCUUUUCUUCUGGCGUUGGCUGUGCUUGGUGUCUGUUGGUGCCGCUGUAAACAGAGGUUUCUCUCAACCAAAAGCCCAGCUUGUCCUACACCACAAACAAGCAUCAAUGGUCCAGACACUCACACGACAGGCCAUGCCAACCCAGUGUUCCAGCCAAAGAAAGCUCCCACUGAUGAACAGGCCAGUCCUCGAGCAAGUCCUACAGGUCCACCUAGAUCCAGACACAGUAUCAUUCGGCCCACUGUGAAACCUCCUCCAAUCCCAGCCUAUGCUCCAGACAAGCUGCUCAGUUCAGAGUCAUCCCAGCCCUCUCCAUCAGUAAAUCCCAAAACAAGACCACUACCACCCAACAGACCCCCACCACCAUGCCCCACCACCAAACCCUGCAAAAACCCUGCACCAAAGACUACAGAGACGUCGGCUAAGACUGGCAUGCCAGUGUCACCAGCCAUGCUGCAGCAAGGGAAAUCCAGUCUGAUGCCCCCAUCUGGACACGUCAGGUUCCAAAAGGAAGUUUCUGGAAAGAGCUGAGUUGCAGUGAAGCUCGCUGAGCGCUACAUCAAUCACCUCUGGACAUCUAAGACGUCUUUAAGAGUGACUAAACAACUAUCUCAAAGUGAAGACCACAUUACUGACCUGAACACAGAACAAAGGUCAGAUUCUUCACUUCAGUGAUUUGGGAGGUGCCGUUCCACUACUCCUGUGCCAAACAGUACGUUGCAGUCUGCUUCAUUAUGACCUCAGAGAAAAGAAAAAGAAAACUGGAUGAUGAAUAUGGCAUUAUUAUACAAUAACAGCAUGGGUCACAUAGAAGAAUAUCUUGCUCCAGAAUAUGAAACGUCGAUUCUUUUGCACGCAUCACAAUGUAAGUAAAUCAUAUAAAUAGUCAAAAAUUCUCUUCGUCUAGUCAUGAACUAACUUGCACUGUUGGUACAGUUUAGUUUAGUACUAUUGUAAAGCUGUACUUGCGGAAUAAAAGUACUUGAGAUUGUUUUCAUAGCAAUAAUAGUCCAGAAACUCGAACUGUAAAUACUGUGAAUACUUUUACCUUAUAUUCUGUGUAGUCAUAUACUAUUUAUAGUAUGUACUGUACUGUAUAAAUGUUAAUAAGAUCAAGUAACCUGUCUUAAAGGGUGUUUGCAAUUAUGCUGGAUAAGAAUCCGUUCAUAUUACACAUGGUGCUUUGUUUCUGAAUUCCAAAACUGCCUUUUUAGAUAAUGCUUGAUUAAAUGUUUUUUUUUUUUUUGUUUGUUUUGUUUUAAAUAAGGGCAUUAACUAACCCAGGGAAUGUAUUUAGGUUUAAAUAACCUAUAAAAAUGUCAAUCUUAAUCUUUUUUUUAUACAUAUUCUUUGUUUGUAAGUCAUUUGGGGGGGAAUCGUCUCUGGACGAUUAUAAUUUCUUCUUACAUCAUUUGUUUGGAGAACUAUGACCAAUGUACUGGAUUUCUGUCUGACUUUUUUAUGUUGUUGUUGUUGUUGAAAUGUUAUUUAUUCAUAGUGUUGAAUGCAACAGCGCCUUAAAAUAGUUUUUUUCAAGAAUAAAACGGUUAAGAAAGGAAACAUUGAUCUGUUUUAUAUGUGAAGGUGGAUUGCUUUUGCAGAUAUCCGCAUAGGGAUCAGAAAAGAGUCACUUUAAUUUAAAUUCUGCUUAAUUUUAAUUUCGUAUGAAAACAACAUAUGUAAGAGGUGGUCCUAUGCAAAAUAUGAUGCAAUGCAGUGCCUUCCAUGUCAAAUCAUUAAUA